AUGUUCGUUUCUGCAGAUAAUAAUCUAAAUGAGUUCGUAUUUAAUGCUUUACGUUCUAAAAUCACGAAAAAUGCCCAAACAUAUAUUCUAUGUAGGCCAGAUCUUAAUACUUGGCCACAAAUCAGAAAUGCUUUGAGAGAACAAUUUGGAGAUCGUAUUGAUAGACAAACAUUAACAAAAGAAAACAUAUUAGACUAUAUUAACAGAGUAAAAUCUUCAAAAUCUCGAUUAGAAGUAAAAAUAAAAUCGGAUCCUAAUGUCACACAAGAAAGAAAAUUGAAUCUUAUUGAACAAAAUGAAGGAAAUGCUCUAGAUGUAUUAAUGGGCAAUGUUAAUGACAGUUUAAGAACAAUAUUAGACAUGCAAAAUCCCAGAAAUAUGAACCAUGCAUGUGAAACUAUAAAUCGAUAUUAUUAUAGAGAACAACGAUUAAAUUCUCUUUACCAAGACAAUAAAAAUACAAACUUGAAUCAAAAUCGUCAUAAUAAUAAUUACUCUAAUUACCUUCCUCAAAAACAAUAUUAUCCAAGAUACAAUCAAUAUGUAAAUCAAAGAUAUGAUAACAAACAAAAUUAUCAAAGUCCAAAUUAUCAAACACAUAAUGUUCAAAAUGAACAAACAUUUCCUAGAGAAUCAAUAAAUAUUCAUCAAAGACAAAUUCCUCCUAAAACAUAUUAUAAUCAACAAAAUAAACGACCUAAUAAAAAAAUGUAUUUUCUCCAAGAAAUUCGAAUAAACCAACAGGACCUCCUCAACCAAUGA